AUGGCGUCGCUCGAGUAUUUACUCAGCUCUGACACGGGUGAAAGACAAAAUCACAACGAAACAACGUUGUCGGGUGCCAAUGCAAAGCCCAACUCGAGGAGAUGCAGUGUCCCAGGCUGUCAGAAAACUGCUAAGCGAGGUGGACGCUGCAUCUCUCACGGGGGUGGGAACAAGUGUGCGGUGGAUGGCUGUAGUACGAGUGUAGUUAGUCGAGGACUUUGUGUGGCACACGGCGGUGGCAAGCGAUGUCAGACCCAGGGGUGCACCAAGAGUGCUCAGUCGGGAGGGUUCUGCUGGGUCCACGGCGGGGGCAAGAAGUGCGGCUAUCACGGUUGCUCCAAGCGUGCACAGAGUGGUGGAGCCUGUAUUGCCCACGGAGGAGGCAAGCGCUGUCGUAUCGACAGAUGCAACAAAGUCGUGCAGUACGAAGGACUCUGUGUGGGCCACGGUGGCUACCGCAGAUGUGUCUUUGACAACUGCAACAAACGGUCGAUGGCAAACGAUUAUUGUCAGCACCAUGGAGGAUCCUCGAUUUGCCUCCUCGAGUAUUGUUUCAAGCGUGCUACGAUUGCUUCUUGCAGUGCGUACUCGUGUCGGAUAAUCGUUCGCGUGGACCACAUUGGUCUCUGUCCACGUAGACCAGAAAUGAACAUGAAUAUGGAUCCGAACGCCAUGAGCCCGUGGUUCACGGCUCCAGAGGGCGAGUACCCGCCCAUGAACGCGCAGCCCACACACCCGAACAGCAACAACAGCGGAGCAGGCUUUUCUCCGGCGCCAGGCUCGUCCAAUGGUCUCAGCGGGACCGUCGGCUCCAACGCCGGCUAUUAUGAUGACGACGGCGGCGACGACGAGUUCGCCAACGAGCCACCGCUUCUGGAAGAACUGGGCAUCAACUUCGACCACAUUUGGGCCAAGACGGUGUCUGUGCUGCUCCCUACCAAGCAGAUUAAUGAGCACAUUCUAGACGACGCGGAUCUUGCAGGACCGCUCGUCUUCUGCUUCCUCUUCGGCGUUUGUCUGCUACUGGCUGCUAAGGUUCAUUUUGGAUACAUUUACGGCUUCGGAGUGCUGUCGUGUCUCUUCAUGUACUUGCUGAUGAACUUACUGUCGCCCGAGCGGACUAUCGACAUCUACCGCGUGUGCUCGGUGCUUGGCUACUGCCUGUUGCCGAUCAUCGGCCUGGCAGCGAUCAACAUCGUGGUGUCGGUCAAGGAUUUGGGCAUUGCCGGCUUCUUGCUGGCUAGUGUAUGCACACUCUGGAGCACUCACACGGCGUCGCGGUUCUUUGAGAAGGCGCUGUACAUGACCGAGCAGAAAUACCUCGUCAUGUACCCAACGAUGCUGGUGUAUGCGUGCUUUGUGCUCAUCGCCGUCUUCUAA